AUAUUUAAUUUGUAUGAUAAUAUAUUGUGAUGAUAUGAAUAUAAAUAUAAUCAUCAAAUAAGACAAUCCGGGAAUGAGUGGUGAGAGGACUUCCUCUCAGACCAGGAAUUUGUAUUCCGAGUCAAAGACAAGACUUUGUGAGCGAAUUGCUGCUAAUAUACAGAGCGCCGGAUCAGUGAGCCGUCAAAUCAUCAAAGGGUCCAAAACGGGUGAAAUAUUAGGCCAAAGCGCCAAAACAUUUGCCUCCACUGAGAAUACCAUUGAAAACACGGCUUUAAACAUCAAGAGACUGCAGAUUUCCACCAAACAGUUCCAAAUGCAAUUAGAAGACAUUAACAAAAGUGAUCGCCGAAUCACUGAAUUAGUAAAACCUCUUUCGAGAGUUCUGUUGAUUCUUCUGGAAGACCAUAAUGCCGACGACAACGCAGACAAUGACUCCAAUGAUGGCACAGAGGAUAACGAGGAAAAACUUGAAGCCAGACAUGGGUGGGGGCGGGUCUGGCGUGUGGUCGCGCGGCGGCGUGUUGUCGACAAAAUAAAU